GCAGAAGAUCAGCUGAUCUAAAUGUAAACACUGCACAGAGGUGUGCGUGUCUGUCUGUGAGUGUGUGUGUGUGUGUGUGUGUGUGGCGGAGAAACGGGGUGACACAGACGCAGCUGUCUUCCAACCGUCGGCCACUUCAGCGUCUUCUCAGGCCGGUGACGGUGAAGCGUCGGCGGGAUGUGUGGACCGACCUGCGCCGCUCCGCCUGCCCCGCAGUAGACGAGGCUCAGGGGGGCUUAAAACAUCACAUGCAGCUUACCGGAGGGCCUGGGCGAGAGCAGAUCUGUCCCAACACGCUGGAUUUUUACCUUACAGGACUGGACUAGUUGAAGCAGCAUCCAUGGAGGAGCUAGAUCCAGAAGAGCAGUUCCUGCGAUACGCCCGGAAUGGAGAUCUGCCUGGGGUUCAGAGGCUCCUCAUGUCCAAGAUAAAGGAAGAGACGCAGAUCAACAUCAAUUGCAAAGGUAAAAGUAAGUCUAAUCUGGGAUGGACGCCUCUUCAUUUGGCCUGUUAUUUCGGACAUACAGAUGUAGUGGAGGAAUUGCUCAAGGCGGGGGCAGAUGUUAACUUGCCCAAUAAUAUUGGAGAUACACCUCUGCACAAAGCUGCCUUCACAGGAAGAAAGGAGGUUGUCAUGCUGCUGCUGCACUAUGAUGCAUGUGCUACUGUCAUCAAUGGGACAGCGCAGAUUCCCAAAGAUGUCACUCAAAAUGCAGAGAUCAGAAGCAUGUUGGAAGCGGCUGAGAGAACAGAGGAGAGGAAACUGGAGGAGAAACUUUUGGAAACUGCUCGGGAAGGAGACCUUUCAACGUUAACUCAGCUGCUCAGCAGGAAGAAGCCUCCGGACAUCAACUGCACAGAUCUGCUGGGUAACACUCCGCUGCACUGUGCAGCCUAUCGAGGCCAGAGGCAGUGUGCCCUAAAGCUGCUCAAGAGUGGAGCCAACCCCGGCGUCAAAAACAAGAACGGCCAGUCGGUGUCUGACCUGGCCAACGAUACGGCCAUGAAGCAGUUUCUUGAAGGCAACGUUCAUCGAGGUUUGACCCGACAUGUCAAGAAGUAUGAAGGACUUCUCUGGAAGAGCUCCAGAUUUUUUGGCUGGCGCUCCUACUGGGUUGUCCUUCAGGACGGGGUGAUAUCCUGGUACUCAAAACAGUCCGACGCAGCUGCCAAUGUCAGAAGGCAAGGCUGCAAGUCCCUCACAAACGCUCACUGUUUGAUACGAGCCAAAGAUAACUGCUUUUUUACGCUCAAGUGCUUUGAUGACAGUGUGCAUCACUUCAAAGUAUCGCCUAAAACUGACCCAGAGGCAGCAAGAAAGGCAUGGCUUGAUGCGCUGGAGGAGCACUCAGCGUUCAGCACACACUAUUGUUCCCAAGAGCAAGGCAGUGAGGAGGAGGAGGAGGAGGAAGUGAUGUCACUCGGGGAGCUAACGGACUCACUGCAGGCAGCAGAGGUCAGCCAAAAGAAGCUGGAGAAGGAGGUGGAAGCGCUCGUGUCCAUGCUGAAAAAUGAUGGGCUUUCUGAAAGAUUUCCAUCAGCUAUAGUGCAGAAAAUGCAAGAAAUCUGUGAGUUGUCCAGUGAGACCAACUCCAGUCUCAGCGUUUGCCUCAGCCUCUUCUCCAGACAGGAAGGGGUGCGCAGUGUGAAAUUGGAGCAGGAGGUAGAGAAGAAUAAGAUCCUCUCCGAAGCGCUGCAGACUCUGGCCACGGAGCACCACGAACUUGAGCAAUCCGUCGUCAAGGGAUCUUCACCGCGCAGUGCCCUGAGCGAGGAUGAGUUCCACGACGCCGUGUCUGAGUCAGAAUCGGAGCUCUCCCUGAGCGGCUUUGAGACGGUGGCCAGCCAUUCCUGUGAGGAGGACGAGGAGGACGAAGGCUCUGUCAUGCUAAGCAGCCCGUGCAGCAGCCCCACUAGCAUGUUGCAGGAGGAUCACCAUGGCAACAAGGAUGAGCUUCAACCCAACGGGAUAACAAAGCAUAGGACCAGCUUACCUGCACCCAUGUUUUCAAGAAAUGAUUUCAGCAUUUGGAGUAUCCUGAGGAACUGCAUUGGAAUGAAAGACAAUCAUCAUGGACAGAGGGUUGAUCCUACUGACUUUGGUGACUUCUCCUCGAGUGCCACAGAGCUCUCCAAGAUCACAAUGCCAGUGAUUUUCAAUGAGCCACUCAGCUUCUUGCAGCGUCUGACCGAGUACAUGGAGCACACGUACCUCAUUCACCAGGCUAACGCCUCCUCGGACUCUGUUGAGAGGAUGAAGUGUGUGGCUGCAUUUGCUGUGUCUGCUGUGGCCUCUCAGUGGGAGCGGACUGGUAAACCCUUCAACCCUCUGCUGGGAGAAACCUAUGAACUGGUCAGAGAGGAUCUGGGCUUCAGGCUCAUAUCGGAGCAGGUGAGCCACCAUCCUCCUGUCAGUGCCUUCCAUGCUGAGGGUCUGAAGCAGGACUUUGUGUUUCAUGGGUCCAUCUACCCCAAGCUGAAGUUCUGGGGUAAAAGUGUAGAAGCUGAGCCAAAAGGCGUCAUCACACUGGAGCUGCCCAAGUACAAUGAAGCCUACACAUGGACAAACCCCACAUGUUGUGUUCACAACAUCAUCGUGGGUCAGCUGUGGAUUGAGCAGUAUGGAAAUAUGGAGGUGAUCAACCACAGAACUGGUGAAAGAUGCUGCCUGAAUUUCAAACCAUGUGGCCUUUUUGGAAAAGAAUUGCACAAAGUUGAAGGCUACAUUCUGGAUAAGAGCAAAAAGAAGCUGUGUGCUCUCUAUGGGAAGUGGACCGAGUGUCUGUAUGUCGUUGAUCCGUCUGCGUUUGAGGUGCACAAGAAAAACGACAAGAAGGGGUCAGAGGAGAAGAAAAGCAGCAAAGCGGGCUGCAGUGAGGAUCAGGAGGGGCUUCCUUCUUCUCCAGCUGCAGACACUGUGGAGGUGAUUCCAGGCAGCCAGCUGCUGUGGAGAAUCGCACCCAGACCUGCAAACUCAGCCCAGAUGUACAGCUUCACGUCCUUUGCGAUGCAGCUGAACGAGCUGCACAAGGAGAUGGAGGGAGUCAUUCCUCAGACCGACUGCAGGCUCAGACCGGACAUACGAGCCAUGGAGAACGGCGACAUCGACUUCGCCAGUGAGGAGAAGAAGAGGCUCGAGGAGAAGCAAAGAGCUGCUCGCAAAAACCGCUCCAAAUCUGACGAGGAGUGGAAGACCAAGAGUCCUGCCCUGGGCCCGAGGUGGUUUCAACAGGGCCAAAACCCCCACAUCAGCUCCCAGGACUGGCUCUUCUGUGGCGGAUACUGGGACAGAACAUACAGCCAGCAGCCGGACAUUUACUAAUGGACAUUCCCUAUACAGAGAGCUAACACCUGUACAGUAAAGAGCAGCAUUAACUGUCUUUUUUUUUUUUUUUUUUUUUUUAAAUUGAAUAGCUACAAGCAAUA